AUGGGCAAUGCAAAGUUGAGGGGAAAGAGGGUUGGUAGAUUUCUCAAGCGCCAUUUUCCCUGCAGUAGGAUUUUGGCACAGAGAAUCUUCAAGUCCACUGUUCAUGCUACAGUGGCCCUCAUUUUCUGUUUGAUACCAAAAGUCAGAGACAGGCUCGGAAACCAACCUUCAAUGCUUCCCUUGAUUGCCGUUAUGGUCCAUCCAGGAAGACGGGUAAGCGCCACCAUUCAAGGCGCCAUCUACUGCAUAACUGGGUUACUUUUCGGUCUUGCUUACUCUCUCCUUGGACGCUUCAUAGCGCAAAGGUGCCUCGGGCAUACUUGGCAUACCGUGUCUGAGGGGGAGCAGUAUGCUCAUAAUUACAAAAGUUAUGAAUCUGCAUUGGCCAUACUAGCUGUUUUUGAAACCAUUAUGUUGUUUGUACAUGGCUGGAUGCGCUCUGUCUCUCAUCAUUACUUUCAUAUUGUUUUUCCUUUAUUUCUGGUUGUCCAUUUCGCAUUCCUGGCACCGCUGACACAAGAUGCAGGAACAGUGGCCAAAGCCUUUAGUGUUCCUUUUUAUUUGGGAAUUGCGCUUUCUAUAUUUUGGAAUCUGCUGCUUUUCCCCGAGUUUGGGAGCACGUAUUUGGGUAACGCUACGGUCGAUGCUUUGAAUGAAAUUCAUAAGUCUAUUGAUUCUGCAGUAAACUUUUUUAUUUCAAUUGAUGUGAAAAAGCCUUCGGACUCGCUUUACAAGAAGGAAUCAAUAUCGCUUGCCAAGUUGAUCAAGCUCAAAGGCUCUAUUGAUAGUAAAGUUUCGAACUGUGGUUUAGUGUUGGAUGAAUGCAUGUAUGAAAUCUCUUAUUCCUAUGUGCCACCUUCAGAACUUAAGACUGUUACUAAGACUUUCAAAGAGCUUUCAAUGUACAUUAAUGCCUUAGUGAAUGCAUGCCAGCUCGAACUUAUACUCGUUGGAAGAGGAGACAGAGAAUCUGUUAAUAAUGACUUGAUGAACAUUGAGACAGAGCGAGAAUUGCGGCAUGGAGAUGCUACCAAGCUUUUGAAAGUUUUGAAUAAAAUGAAAGGUGUGGUUUUUGAUCUACACAAGAACAUGAGUCAGUCUUUGUAUAUGGCCAAAGUCGCUAUUGCUUGCUCCUAUGACGUGAAUCUCAAAAAGGUGGAUAAAUCUGAAGUCUUCUCGGAUGAAUUCGCAGCAGCUUUCGAGAACAAUAGGAAUAUUCCAACAGACUUUGAUUUUGAAGGGGCAGUUGAAGGUCUAAUAGCUGGAGUGAUUGAAUUUGACUUGAAAGCCCGUGAAGAGCUUAUUCAUUUAGAUGAGGACCUGCUACAACCCAAUGAUGAAAUGUUUCUUUUCUCUUCAUUUUUAAUGAAUUUCAAAGAAACCACUAAUUCUGUCAUAACACUCAUGAAAGAGACUCACAAGGUAUAUCAAAAGAGAAAAGUUCAAGAAGCUAAAGGCGCGCUCAGAGGCAAGACCCUAUGGAUUCAUUUUUUGAGCAACUAUGAUGCUUUUAAGACGUGGAUUACGGGUGCAAACACUUCAAGAACUAUUACUGAGAGUCAAAGUUUAACAGGAGGUAACAUUGAAAACAACUAUAGACCACCUGCUGAUAUGGGAGUUAAAAGACCCCAGGGAGAGGAGUCUGCUCUGCUUUCUCAACGAAAACCCAACAAUGUCAAACGUUUAUCUAAGGAUUUGGUUUUGCCCAUUACAAAAGCUGUUGAAAACACAAAGCGUAGUGGUUCCAUGAAAACAAGUACCCGAAAACAGUCCUUUGGUAAUCCUCUAAUUAAGGUAAUGAUUUUCUGCCAUGACUUUUACACUAGGUACAACUUCCACUUUAGGUUUGGUUUGCAGGUCACAGUCGCCUUAAUGCUGGCUUCAUUUCCAAUGUUCAUUCCGAAGGCGAGAGAAUGGUACGUCAAUUACAGAGGUGCAUGGAUUGGUUUCGUGUGUAUUCUAGCUCUUGAACCGUCUGUUGGGGGAACUUUUUGGGUGUUCUUUUUGAGAGGAGUUGGCGUGAUUCUUGGUGCCGCAUGGGCAUACGUUUCUUAUUUGGCAGGGUGUAAUCAAACCAAUCCUUAUUUGGAAGUUGUGGUGACUAUUUUUGGUGCUGUCCCUGGGUUUUAUUACUUGCUGGGCUCGCCGUAUGUCAAAGCUGCAAUUAUUCAAAUUAUUAGUAUUUACGUUGUGAUGUUGGCAGCUAUCAUACCAUCUGACAAUCAGGGAUCUAUUUUAGUGAAUUUUGCAAAAAGAUGCUUGGCAGUGGGUUAUGGAGGUGGAGUCGCGGUUUUAGCGCAGAUGACAAUGUUUCCGAUGACCGCAAGGGAACAAUUAAAUGAAGAAAUCUCUUUUGUUGCGGGUUGUAUAUCUGAAAUGCAAAUUUUGCUCGCUUCGGGUCUUGAGGGAGAGCCAUUGAAGUCAAGUUUGACCGAGGAAAGGUUCCAAAAAUGCGCAAAAAUCUCUCAAAGCGCUAAAUCGGCCUUAUCGAGAGCAUCAGACUACAAAGGAUUGACUCGUCAAGAACCUAGGCUGAAGGGAGAGUAUACUGAGCUCGAAAAAGUGUUUACUCAAAUGAUUUACAUUCAACGUCAAAUCAUUGACCGGAUGGAUAAUAUGAUACUGCUAAGGAAGCAAUAUGGAAGUGCGAUUAUUGAGGAACUAAACCAAAUGGUGCAUAGCUAUCGAAGACAAUACGUCGCUUCAAUUACAGCAUUGAUGAGAGCUGUUCAAGAAGCUGUCCUCAAUAAGACGCCUUUGCCUCAAUACCUACCAAGUGCGAGAAUAGCUCAUAGAAGGCUUGUUAACAAAGUCCAGGAAACUCUAAAAGUGAAGUAUGCGUCUCAAAUGAAGAGCAUGCAACCGCGGGUCUUGACAGAUCUAUUCAGAGACGAGAGUUCCGAUGAUGAUGAAGGCACUAAUGAGGAACUUUUUAUGACUACCCACAAACGGAGGAGUACAUUACCUCCACACGAAUAUAUUAUGAAAGAGAAAUUUCUCAGUUGGAACGCCUCGAGUGCUGCCGCAGAGGAGAUAAUUGAGUAUGUGGAAGAAUUGGUUUUCUUAACCAAGAUCAUAGUCGGGGUCAACGAGUUCAAAUACGGAUUUUUAUCCAGACCGCUUUACGAAGACUGGGCGGCUGAAGCAGCUUUGAAAUUUGAUAAGUUUUUCGAGAAAGGUGCACCACGCAAAAGAGGCGCGGUGAGCAAGUCUAAUAAGGCAGAAAACAAUCGCCCAACGCACCCACUUACGCCAACAACUUCUAGGGACUCGGAUCAUGAUACCGAUGAGUUUGAGCGCGAUAUGCCUGUGGCUUUAAAUAAUACGCCGUCUGUCAAAAGCGAAGCUUCAGAGGAUCUCGAUCUAGCCCGCAUUGCUUCCCGUAAAAGCGGCUUGAAAAAACUACCUAGUGGGUUCCGAAAGAGAGCUUUUUCUAUAAGCUCGCGCAAUAAUCCUGAAGAGCAAAUCAACCCGUUGUCUAAGCUUAGAACUCUGGGAAAGGGUGAGAUAGAAGAGGAGUCCAGUUUGGAAUCAGAUUCUGACGAGGAGCUUCCUUUGGCCUUGAAGAAGAUGAUAUUGAACUAA